AUGUCAUCGUCUCAGGCAGCUGGGGGCAGCACAUGGAAGUGCCGCCGCACCUUGGGCCCUGGAUCUUGCUGGGUGUCACUGCCUGAAGAUCUUAUUCAUAUGGUGGCGUCGCGCCUGCUUGACUGUGACUUUCUGGACUACGUCCGCUUCCGAGCCGUCUGCACGAGCUGGCGGUCCAGCACCAUCUCCCCAAGUGGCCGCGGGGUCACUGACCCGCGCUUCCACCCGCGCCGCUGGAUGUUGCUUCCCGAGGGCCACUACCUGUACCCAGGCCACCCCAACCUGCAUGGGUAUGUCCACUUCCUCAACCUCGACACAGGGACCUUGGUCUGCGUCCAGAUCCUGCUCCUAGGGGAUCACUGUGCCAUUGACUCAGUUGAUGGCCUCCUGCUUCUGCUGCGGAACUCAGACCAGGAAGGCACCGUUUGCCUUCUCCACCCUUUCACCGGCGACAUCACUGAGCUCCCACCCCUAGGGACCCUCCUCCCACAGCCACAGGUCGACUCUUGGCUACCCAACGGCCCUACACUACACAGGAUAAGAAGACUUGUAAGAUUUGUUUGUGCUUCUGUUUCCUUCAAAGCUGGAGCCAUGACCAUCAUGCUUGCGCUUCAUGACGUAGCGCGUGUAGCCUAUGCUACCUCCCAGGAUAGGCGAUGGACCCUGUCAAGCUGGCAAUGCCCUUUGAUCUAUUCACCAUUGUCGUUCCAGGGAAAGCUAUACAUUUUUUGCGAAGUGUAUACUCCCAGAUUAGAUGAAAUGCACCAGGUCUUCCAGAUUGACCCUCCCGAACAGGAUGGGGCCGGUGCAGAUCCUCAACUACAACCACCGAAGUUGAUUGCCACAAUCCCCACAGGCAAAUUCAUCCAGCCUGAUGGUCUGGUACAAUGUGGCACAGAGAUCUUGGUGCUUGGACACAAUGACCUUUUAGUGUCACAAAUUUUAGUUUGCAAACUCGCAGACCUUGUGCUGGAAAGGUUUAUCCCAGUAGACAACAUUGGAGGCAAUACCUUAUGUCUUGGAGAAAGGAACCUAAGUGUCUCCUCUAAGAUCCUGCCUACAGUCAAGGGUGACAAUGUUGUCUACAAGCGUUCAAGACAACCCUAUCUUGCACAGUACCACCUCAGUAGUGGCAGUUUGACACCAGCAAUUGAUAAUUGCAGCCUGUAUGGCCGUGCACCGGGACCAAGUAGCCUCAUCCACUAUAUCUUCAGCUGCUGCACUCGUGAUCUGUGGUAUGAACCGAGGACUACUAUUCAGAAGAGCAAGGGAUGCUGA